AUGCGACUGCAGCAGCAACGGUGGCUUCCUGCUGAACGGCGGAGUGUCGCAAUGUCACGUGCUCAACACUCCGCACACCGCGCCAGCUCGGACGUGGUGAGCCCACCGCUUCCUCAACGCUCGCACGGCAACAGCCAGAGGAGACGAGCAGGGGUGAAGAAAGGGUACGAAAGGGAGCUAACUCUUGUCGGAAGUUUGUUGAGAGGCAGGCGGACGCCACCACGAUAG